GCUGCUGCUGCUCCGUGUCCGAGCAUCUCGUCUGCUCUCCGCUCUGACGAUCCAGAUCCAGAUCCGUCCGGACUUUGCGGCCCUGUGAAUGAUGUCAUCCGCUGCCCAAAGGCACUGGGUCAGUCAAGAAGGAUGGAUGCAGGAUGGGUUUGAAGGGGAGACAGUUCCGCAGCAACAAAAUGAAAGAAGGACCGAGGGCGUCGGAGUAAGUGCGUGGUAACGCUCCGGGAGUGAAGGCGCCCCCACUCGGCCCCGGCGGAGAGGCUUCAGGUGAAUCAGCACCGCGUUUAUUUCCGUCUGCGCAGCCUCCAGGCUGUAGUGAUGCCUGUGUUGACCUUAGAUCAGUCCUCAUGGAGAGGGCUGAAGUCCCUCUAAGAUGACACGGACACAACCUCCAGAUAUACUGGCAUCAACUCUGUAUCGGGACAUUACCAUCGCUGAUCGCCUGGUUUCUCCUCACACCUCCCAGCAAUGUGAGUCAGAAAUGAUCGACAAACCAGAAAUCAUCAACAAAAGACACUGUCGUAGUUUUGACUUCAUCGAGUCACUAGAUGAUGCACAACCAUUCUCUUCGACUAUGGGGUACCCCUACAAGAGGUCCGAGCAGCAAACAUUAGACAAAGAUCUAAUGUGGAAUGGACUGGACCAAGAGGGACAUCUCCGCUUUUCAUCUCCUGAUUUGUUUAACAACCAACAUCUCCAGCAGCACAAUAGCCAUGGAAAAAAUAACAAUCUCACCUGGUCUGACUCCAGAAGACGGACCAGAUCUAAAAGUGCUCCAAGAGUAAAGACCACCCUCACUCCUGUGCCUAUCUCAGUGUCUCCACCAGCAGCCAGGAAGGGGAAGGAUGUAUCUCAGGCCGUAACAAACUCCGUAAGGACUUCUGAAACAAGCAAAGAACUGUUGACCUCAAACAGGGCUUUUUUGAACGAGGUGCAUCCGAUCAAGCUCCAGCCUAACUCUCCCCUUUAUGUCUCGGACUGUUUUGAGGAGGAGAAACUGGAGAAACCGGUAACAACGCCUCAUGUCAGGUGCCGUGUGGACAUUAAACCCGAUGCUGCUGUACUGCAGCACACGUCAAGGAAGGUUCCACAGCAUCAGACCGAGCAUCAGCGACAGAGAUACUCCCAAGCAAGUAGCAGUAGAGGUUUGUAUCUACCACGGCAGGUCAUAUCCUCACCCACGCCCACUCCAAGUGAAUGCUAUCGUGGAGAUUUUGGACCAGGUCACUACUACGCAACCAGCAUGUCUCCCAUUUCUUACCAGCAUCUUGACAUGCACAGAAUACCAUCGCCAAAAGUACCGUAUCUGACUCAAGAACAAAGAGCUUACUCCAAUCCAAACAUACCCACCAAAUUCUUCUACACUGAAGACCCAGCAGGGUAUCCAGUCCAUUCCUGUCCGAGACCAUACUUUCAAGAUGAUAGGUCCAGUUUAACCAGCCACGGAAGUACAGUGUCUUUUCAGUACGAUCCAAGAAGUCGUUGGGUGCAUACACUUCCUGUCAAGUCUUAUUACACAGAUCACCCUUCCACCCGAGAGGUGGGCUAUUCUGUAUACAGUAGACCUCACUCUACAAGUGAGGCGAGCUCGUUCAUGUCUCAAACUCCACUGUCAAGGCCUCAUUAUGGAGAUGAAGGCACCUACAAUCCGUAUCUUACAGGUAACUCAAGGUUUUUUUAUUCAAAACCUUUCAGCUCACCAGAGGACCCUUACUUCACAUUAAGACCGUAUCACACAGAGGGUCGACGUCGCCCUCGAUUCUCCCAGGCUACUUCAGAUGACUGGUAUCACUCCAGUAUUUCUGGUUUCUCCAAUCAGUCCUCGUUGCACACACCACCAAGAGUGGGACCAGAACCGAGUGCCCCCCCCUGGUUCAACAGCAGCUGUGGGGACACAUGCAGACUGGGAGCAGAUGUAAAGAAUCACUCCAAGUCGUGGGACAACAUUGGAUAUCCACGAUUUGAUAGAAACCAGUCAGUGCCUCGUGGACAAAGCUACGAGAACCUGUUCUAUCAAGCAAGGCACGGAGCGUCCACGGAUGCGUCAACACAACCGGUUAUACUAAACCUGUCCAGCUCCCCGAGGCGUUAUGCUGCCCUCUCAGUCUCUGAUAACUCACUGGAUCAGGGCUCCAGCAAUCCCUGGAGGAACAUGAAAAGUUCGAGCUGGUUUUUAACACCUGAGAUCACCAUAACUGACAACGACAUAUGUGCAGCCAAUAACAAGCACCGUGAUGUGCACUCUGUCCAUGCUCUAAGUGAUGAAAAGACGUCGUCGGUGAAAAUUCUCCAGGAAAAGCAGCCAUCUGAAGACACAAACGGGACCAAAGACAAGAAACAUAACAACUUCUCCCUUCAGCAGAGUCUGGAGCAGCUGGACAAACUCUUAGCAGAUUUGGUCGUGGAUUACAAACCCCCAGUUGUGCGGAAGUCAAAUGAAGACCUUGUUGAUCAGCUUAAACAGCUAAUAACUGAAGACAAUAACAACACGGAGACAUCUGGACUUGAAAACUCAGGAUGUGUCAACACACAGCUUCUGUCCUCCAAAUCCAGUCCUGAGACAAACAAGGACCCUGACAGUGGGUGUGAUGCUUUACAAAGGAGUGCAGAGGAAUGUUCUCCAGACCACAGCACAGAUGAAGAUGACACUAUGGUGUGCGCCAACAAAAAGUGCAACAGGACUGAGAGUAUGUUUAAUGCUUGCUUAUACUACAAAUCAUGUCACAGUUGCUACACCUUUUACUGCUCCAGAAAUUGCCGCAGGGACGACUGGGAGACCCAUAAAGAGACCUGCCUGUACGGUCGCGUCAGCAGUGUGUGUAGGCACACUCUUAAAUUCUGCAGAGAGAGCUCACAGAUCCACAAAGCCUUCUCUCGUGUUGCUAAAGCUGGCUAUCUCUCCAGAGGGAGAGGCAUACUCUUUCUGGGUUUUGCUAACCCAGAGACAGCUGACAACUUUCUCCAAGUUGGACUGGAGAGUCUCCUCAUAUCUCCCACAUACUUAUCUCUCAGGGAGCUGGAUGGCUUCAAGGAUAACUUGGGUGAAUACUGUAAGGAGCUGCUGCAGGCAGGUCACGAGUACGACCCAAAUGAAUGCUUCCUUCUGAAUGUAUCUAUAGCCGUUGGUGAACUUGUCCCCAACAGACCUUCACCAAGAGUCCAGACACCUACCGUUCGAAAAUAUGCAAAGGUUUCUUUGGCCUCCUCGAGCCCUGACAAAAAGAUAUUCAAGAAGGACAGUGAAAUGGAGACUCUCAUCCUCACACCUCCUCCAGGAACACCAGACAUUGACAAGGACGGGGACAAGGGUCGAAAAGCUAGAGAGGUGUGCUUUGUUAAUAUCCAGCGUGAGCUCCGGACCAGGGGAGUCUUCCUUCGUCACGAGUACCCCAAAAUCUAUAAUCAGCUCUGUGAGUUUGUGGAGAGCAACAAAAGGUUCACACCUACAACCAUUUACCCCAUUGAUAAGAGAACAGGGAAACAGUUCAUGUGCAUGAUCAUGGCUGCCUCAGAGCCGAGGACACUGGACUGGGUGGGGACACCCAAUCUCCUGGACGACAUUAUAUAGAAUCUAGUAGAAAAAUAGAACCACGAUGAUGGUUGUAUAUAAUGUAACUAGAUUGUGCACAUUAGUAAAUUGAUCAUUGGUACAGAAAUGUGUGUCAUGCUAAUACCCCCCCCGCCCCCCCCCAUGUCUUUCUCUGUCCUAGGCUACAUGCACAAUACUCUCUCAGUCCUAAGAAAUGAUCUGGUAUUUUUUCUGAAGCAGAAACCCUUGCUGGUCUUAACGUACCAGGACCUGAGAAUGAGGUCUGAUAUGGAGUAGGCACUAUUCUCCAUUUUAUAGUGAGAAAAACCAAGCACUGCGUUCUGAACUAGAUCACCGCUUUGUCCCAAAACCUUCACACACACACCCUACUGUGUGUGUGUGAAGGUUUCAAAGUCAGUUUUUGUUGUCGGACUUACUCAAGAGAUCAUUUGCCCUACCCCCC